AUGGACUACAAAGCUGAUGAGAAGGUCGCUAUUGACCACGGUGAUGAGGUUCAUGAUGCUCAUGUUGCGGUUCAGCUUGCGCAUGAUGUUGAGAAUCAGAAGUUGUCACCAUGGACACCUCGUAUGUUCAGGUUGUACUUCAUCCUGGCUUGCGCGUACCUCUGUGGUUGCUUGAACGGAUAUGAUGGCAGUCUUCUUGGUGGUAUCAACGGCAUGAAGGCAUACCAACGCUACUUCAACAUGUCUUCCGAGGGCUCUACGACCGGUAUCAUCUUUGCCAUGUACAACAUCGGCUCCAUCGCCGCCGUAUUCUUCACCGCCCCCGUAAACGACUUCUUCGGCCGACGAUGGGGCAUGUUCACCGGUGCCAUCAUAGUUAUCGUCGGAACAUGCGUCCAAGCUACUUCCACGGGACGAGGUCAAUUCCUCGGUGGUCGUUUCAUCCUCGGCUUCGGCGUUAGUUUCUGCUGUGUCUCCGCCCCUUGCUACGUUAGCGAGAUGGCGCAUCCCAACUGGCGAGGCACUAUUACCGGUUUGUACAACUGUACCUGGUACAUCGGUAGUAUUAUCGCCAGUUGGGUUGUUUACGGCUGCAGUUACGUCGAGGGCGACAUUGCCUGGAGAAUUCCCAUUUGGUGCCAGAUGAUCACUUCUGGCAUCGUUGCCCUUGGCGUUCUGUGGCUACCUGAGUCUCCACGAUGGCUUAUUGCUCAGGAUAGAGUUGAGGAUGCCGUUAAGGUUCUAGCUACAUACCAUGGUGAGGGCGAUGAGAAUCACCCUGUGGUUGUUUUGCAGAUCAAGGAGAUGUCAAACCAGAUUGCCGCCGAUGCUACUGAUAAGUCUUGGUGGGAUUACCGUGGACUCUGGAACACUCACAGUGCGCGACGCCGGCUUAUUGGUGUCUUGGGUAUGGCUGUAUUUGGACAAGUCAGUGGAAACAGUUUGAGCUCUUAUUAUCUCCCCGUCAUGCUGAAGCAAGCCGGCAUCACCAACGAAAAGAAGGUCUUGGCUUUGAACGGCAUCAACCCUGUGCUCUGCUUCUUCGGUGCCAUUCUCGGAGCUCGUCUCACUGAUGUCGUUGGUCGCCGACCUCUUCUGAUCUACUCUAUCAUCUUCUGCUCCUGCUGCUUCGCCGUCAUCACCGGUACCAGCAAGCUCUCUCUCGACCAACCCGACAAUGCUUCCGCUGCCAACGCCACCGUGGCAAUGAUCUUCAUCUUCGGUAUUGUCUUCUCUUUUGGUUGGACUCCUCUCCAGUCAGCAUACAUCGCCGAAUGCUUGUCCACCGACAUUCGUGCCAAGGGUACUGCCGUCGGUAACCUUGCCAGUUCAAUCGCGUCGACUAUCAUCCAGUACAGCAGUGGUCCAGCUUUCCAGGACAUCGGAUAUUACUUCUACCUCGUGUUUGUCUUCUGGGAUCUGUUUGAGGCUGCCUUCAUCUACUUCUUCUUCCCUGAGACCAAGGAUCGAACCUUGGAGGAAUUGUCUGAGGUGUUUGAGGCCCCCAACCCGGUUACGAAGAGUCUUCAGAAGAGGGAUGCUCAAACUGUUAUGAACACUCUGAAUGUGACGGCAGAUGCGAAACUCGCGGGAGAGAUCAAGGAAGUGUCCAAUCGGACAAUCUUGGCUGAUGGCGAUAGAUGCGAUGGGAACAAUCCUUGCGCGACAUGUGCGUCGAUCGGCCAUGAUUGCACCUAUGGAUCUGAAGCCAACUCGAGGAGCAAGAACGAUCUCAUUCUAGAAAGUGUUCUGCGGGUCGAGAAGACCCUACAUGAGUUAAGAUCUGCCAUCCCGGCCGGUGUUCAACUUGCCAACUCACCUCAAACAAAUCGUACCAAUUCCUUCUCAGGCUCAUCGCCAGAUCUCAAUCUUCGUCGGCAGAGUCAUGCUAUACAGACACCAACCAGUCAAGACCAACGUGAGAAUGUCAACAACUUUGAGAAUGCAGUAUUGGAUUCUAUGCAUACCUCGACAACUGAGUCGAUACUCCAAUGGCCGCACUUUGACGUCUUCCCACUUCUUCGACACGAUGGAGAGUCGAUCUUUUACCUUGAGCAAGCACGGCCACCGCUAUCAGUCGCAUCGAAUCCCAUGUAUCCAUACGUUGACGCGGAAGACAUAACCUCGAUGCUGGAGGCGUUCGAACGUAACAUCAACUUCUGGUACCCUUCCAUGUCACAAGAUCAACUUGGCAGUUUACGAGCGACGCUUCAGAAUGGAAUGCCUUCAGAAGAUACAGUUCACUCUUGUCUCUGUUUACUCACAUUGGCUCUAGGAUGUGCAAGUCAAGCUGCUGAAGACCUUCGCUUCACCGCCGAGCCCGAUGCGGCAGAGAAAGACAGAAGACUUCGAAAGCGGAAGCUGGGUGAUAUCUACUUCCAACUGGCUCUAAAGAAGCUCCACGUUGCCCAUCUGCAAGUUGACUCUGAAAGUACUCAAUGCCUCUUCUUCACGGCUCUUUACUUCGCUUCUCUGGUCCGACCACUUCAGGCUUGGGAGUAUCUCAGUGCUACAGCGACGAGAUGCAUGUUGCUUCUAUCCUAUCCACCCAACACGCAUGACAACGAGGCUGAAGAGCGCAUCAGAAGAAUAUUCUGGUCAUGUUACAUCUUAGAAAGUGACUACAUGGCCGAGCUAUCAGCUUGCCCCCCUUCUGGCAUCGCGCGCGUCGAGUCGUCUAUCCCAUUACCAAGCACAUAUCACACACACCCAUCCGAAAUUGUGGAAGAGGAAUCGUCGCUAUACUUCUUGGCCUGUGUAAGCAUGCGACGUCUCCUGAACAGAGUCCAUCAACUACUUUACGCAAAAGACACCGGCGCUGCAUUUGAUCACACUCGCUUUCCACGCAUCGUCGCCGAGCUGCAGCGGCAGCUAGACGACUGGCGUGAAGUCUUACCAGCCUCUUUCUCUUUCAGCAUCGAUACGGAAGAAGCUGCAACAGCGGCUGGUGGAUUUCUUCGGCAGCGUUAUCUUACGUGCAAAGGAGUCAUCUAUCGACCGUAUUUGAUGUGGAUGCUAAGUAGUAGCUAUGCUGAGACAAGGGUGCCUUCGAUACCAGAUGCUAUGCAAAAUUGCAAGUUAUGCCUUGACGCUUGUUUACUACAUGCAUUAGAUCUCAGAGGCUUCCCACAAACAGUUCUGAUUGAUACCUGGAUAUGCUCGCUGUCUAUGUCAGGGGCGAUGCUGAUCAUUCUCGCUGCGUCGCACGUGCCUGCUCUCAAAGAGUUCAUUGGCUCACGAGCCACGCUUGUAGGAAGUCAUCUUGAGAAGUUAUUCCGAAACUGGCGUGAGGUCUCAUUUGGUGGAGAUUCACCGAGUGUCGAUCGUAGCAUGGCUUUAAAUGCAUCACGAAACAUAUUAUCACUUUGUACACAGGAGGUAGUAACGAUUGCACAAGUAGUUGGGGUAAAGCUCUACGUGGAGCUUUCGAUGCAAAUUUGA